CAGAGUAGUCAGGAUGAAAACGUUCGCGCUUCUAGUUGCUCUGUUCGCCGUCGCCAGCGCCGAAUGGAUCGAUAUCGAUUGGUCCCAGGUGCGCCCGAUCGAGGAGUUCGAUCACUACUGGGCUCGCCUGCCGGCUGAGCUGCAGGUCUACCGCACGAAGCUGCCGUCGCACCGCAUCGUCAACGGUCAAGAGGCUACGCCCGGCCAGUUCCCGUACCAGAUCGCUCUGCUGAGCAACUUCCCGACCGGUACCGGUCUGUGCGGUGGCUCCGUCCUGACCAACAACUACAUCCUGACUGCUGCCCAUUGCGUCAUCUCUGGCGCUUCGACUCUGGCUCUGGGAGGUACUGCAAUCAUUGGAGCUCAUAACCGCGAUGCAGCGGAACCGUCGCAGCAGCGCAUUGCCUUCUCGACCGCUGGCAUUCGGGCUCAUCCGGGUUACACACUGACCAACAUCCGCAACGACAUUGCCGUCGUGCGCCUGAACUCUCCGAUCACCUUCACCGAUCGUAUCCAGCCUGCCCGUCUGCCGGCCCGCUCGGACACUCGCCAGUUCGGUGGCUUCACCGGUACCGUGUCCGGAUUCGGUCGCACCUCGGACGCUAGCCAAGCUACCUCGUCUGUUGUGAUGUUCACGACCAAUCCGGUCUUGACCAACGCUGAUUGCAUUGCCCAAUGGAACGCUGUCGUGAUCGAGCCCCAGAAUGUGUGCCUGAGCGGAGCCGGUGGUCGCUCGUCGUGCAACGGUGACUCGGGUGGCCCGCUUGCCGUCCAGGACGGAGGAAGCCUCCAGAUCGGUGUUGUGUCAUUCGGAUCUGCUGCUGGCUGUGCGAUCGGCAUGCCGUCGGUGUACGCUCGCGUAUCGUUCUUCUUGGAUUUCAUUGAGGCCAACUCUGACUUUGUUGCUGCUGCCUAAGGAUUGAAGAUAGCUUAAUAAACCAAAGACCUUGUAUACUGAA